CGUGCACACGCGGCGCCCGGCGCACGUGGUCCGUCCCGGGCCGCAGGCUCUGGGCGGCGGGCUACGGGUGAGGCGAGGUCUUUUCAGACCCUGGGGUAAGGUGUGGCGUUUCUGUGGCCUCCCGAGUUCGGUGUGGGUGAGCGUGGCUUCCGGGGACCCGGGAGCCGGUCUAGUGCAGGUCGCCGUGGCCGAGUCUGACGCGGCCUUCUCGGACCGCCGUACGGCUGGGUCUCGAGAGGAUCGGAACGAAUCCAGCCCAACACACCGAAGGGCGUGGGGAGCCGGCGGGUCGGGGACCGUCGCCAUCCCGGGUGGGGGGCGCGCGGAAUCUGCGAGCCCGGAAGAACAGGCUGCGCCACGCCGAGCCGGAAGCGUUGCCCGCGAGGCGGAAGCGGAGGGAGCGGGCUGGUGUGGUGAGAGCCUGUUCUGUCAAGCGCCGAAGACCCUCGGUCCCGGACGGGGCGUGGCUGUGACGAGGUCUGUCAGGAAAAGGCCAAAAGAACAGGGCCACUUACGGUGAGAUGCCGAUGCCGGGCCCAGGUAGACCCGAGUGCACCACCUCAGGGGCAGUGCACACAGUGCUUCAUGUCUGACCGACGGGAAGAAAAAAAAAUGUCUCAAAAGCAGAUGAAGGAAGCUUUUGUCAGUAACCUCAACGGAACCAGCGUGCUGGAAGUGACCCAGGGCUUGUGCUUCCCUGCAUUCUGUGUCCUGUGUCGAGGCCUUUUGAUCAUUUUCUCACAGCAUGUGUGUUCUUUCUCACACAGCUGGAGCACACGCUUCUUCAUGGACUUUGUUGUCCUUGUAGUCCCCUUGGUGAUCACUUUGACUCUGUUGUCUCCGUUUAUCCUACUUGAGAAUCUCACUGCAAUUGCCUGUGGAGCAUGGCUGUUGUAUCAGAUAUACCAGAAGAGGACUUGCCAUGCCAAAGUGCCUGUUCAGAAAGUCUUUGCAAACUUCUUGCAAAUCAGCCUAGAAUCAGAGCACAGUCCAGCCAUCACUUAUUACCGGGUCAUUAACAGCGUGUUUACUGCUAUUGCCAUUUUGGCUGUGGAUUUCCCACUGUUCCCUAGAAGAUUUGCCAAAACUGAGCUUUAUGGGACAGGGGCAAUGGAUUACGGAGUAGGUGGCUUUAUUUUUGGGGCUGCAAUGGUUUGUCCAGAGGUUAGAGGGAAACAUGUAGAAGGGUCCAAAUUUAAUUAUCUUAGAAAAUCACUGUAUUCUGUCUGGCCGUUAGUUGUCUUAGGAAUGGGACGGUUAGUCAUUAUAAAAUCCAUAGGCUAUCAGGAACAUUUAACUGAGUAUGGUGUUCACUGGAAUUUUUUCUUUACCAUCGUAGUUGUGAAAUUAGUAACAUCACUUCUUUUGAUUAUUUUUCCUUUAAAUAAGUCCUGGAUUGUGGCUGUCAGCAUUACUGUGUUAUACCAGCUAGCUCUUGACUUUACUCCACUCAAGAGGAUAAUUUUGUAUGGCACUGAUGGUAGUGGCACGAGAGCUGGUUUACUAAAUGCCAACCGGGAAGGCAUAAUUUCCACUUUGGGGUAUGUGACAAUAUACAUGGCUGGUGUGCAAACAGGGUUGUAUGUGUUUAGGAAUAGAACACACAUCAGAGACUGGAUAAAAGUGACUUGUUGUAUUCUCUUAGUGGCUGUUAGCUUUUUCAUUUCUCUUUAUAUAGUUCAAGUGAAUGUCGAAGCCGUAUCUCGAAGAAUGGCCAAUUUAGCCUUUUGUGUGUGGGUGGUUGCUUCUAGCCUGAUGCUUCUUAGCUGUCUGUUACUGAGUGAUAUAAUUUUGAGUUUUGCCAAAUUUCUAAUUAAAGGGGCUCUAGUACCAUGUUCUUGGAAAAUUAUACAGUUGCCUGCUACAAAUAAAAAACAUUCCAAAUCUCUAAUCCUAGAAGCUGGGAAAAAAGAGCCCAGUCUUUGUUUAAUCACAGCUCUGAACAGAAACCAGCUGUUUUUUUUCUUACUGUCAAAUGUAACAACUGGUCUCAUUAACCUGACAGUGGAUACAUUGCACAGUGGUGCCUCCCAGACCUUAGUUGUGCUUGGUAUUUAUAUGUUUGCCAACUGCUUAGUUAUCUAUCUACUUGAUUUACAAGGUAAAACCACAAAGUUUUGGUGAUGAAUUUGUAGGCUAUAUAUAUUUGAACAGCAUUAUUUUAGUGAAUAAAUGAAGGAAAUGUGCUCUCA